CAUAUAUGAGAGUAUUUAGAGGAAGAGAACAAGCUUAUACUGACAUGUAUGGAAAGUGGGAUGACUCUUAUGUACAUAUAUAUGAUUUUAAACAGGAACUUGAAAAGAGAAACCCAGGAAGUGUCGUGGAGAUUGAUUUAUAGACAGUGGGUGACAAGAAACAUUUCCUAUGCUUUUUUAUAUCAUUAACAGCAUGCUCCAACGGGUUUCUUGUUGGUUGUCGUCCUUACAUUGGGCUUGAUGCAUGUCAUUUGAAAGGGAAAUUUAAUGGUGUGUUAGCCGCUGCCACAAGUAUAGACGACAACAAUGGUAUGUUUCCAAUAGCCUAUGUUGUGCUUGAGUCAGAGAAUACAAAAUCAUGGACCUGGUUUCUCAAGUCACUAGAAAAAGCGAUCGGUACACCUAAUGGUCUUGUUAUCUCCUCUGACAUGCAAAAAGGGUUGGAAGUAGCUAUUACACAGGUUUAUCCUAACGUUGAGCAUCGAGAAUGCAUAAGACAUUUGUGUAGCAACUUCAAGAAACAUUUUCGAGGUGACUUUUUCAUGAGCAAGCUAUGGGAUGCUGCAAAUACCUACUCUGUUAGUAAGCAUGAUAGAUUGUUAAAAGAAAUUGCUAGUAAACAUGAAGAUGCAAUUGCAUAUUUGAAUGAGCACCAUAAAAAGAUAUGGAGUAGAAGCAAGUUUGGCACACUUGUCAAGUGUGAUUACAUUACCAACAAUAUUUCUGAAACUUUUAACUCUUGGGUAGGUGACAUACGUUAUAAACCGAUGCUAGAUCUCCUUGAUGCAAUUAGAGAAAAGCUUAUGGAACGAUUUGACAAGAAAAGGAGUAAGGUGAAAAAAUGGAAAGGUCCACUAGUUCCAAAAGCAAGGGACUAUCUCAAGACAAUCACUAAGAAUUUGGGUGAAUAUCAAGUUUGUAGAAGCAGUGACAAUAAAGCAGAAGUGAACUACAAAGGAAAUCGUUGGGAUGUUAUAUUAGAUGAGAAAAAAUGUAGUUGUCGAGAAUGGCAAGUCACAGGCCUUCCAUGUGUGCAUGCAGUUGCUUUUAUUGCUUUCACAAGGGAGCCUAGAUGGGACAAAUACGUUGAUGCAUAUUUCACAGUUGGGAGAUAUAAAGAAGCAUAUGCUUUAGAAAUUGGUCCAAUGCCUGGGAAAGAUCAAUGGGUGCAUAUAGACACAGUCGAUAAGAUAUACCCACCUAUUAUAAAACGGCCACCUGGACGACCUAAAAAGAAUAGAAUUGUAGCACGUGCUGAGCCCAAGAAAAGACAUAGAUGCACGCGUUGUGGUAUGUAUGGACACCAUGGAAAGAGUUGCAAAAAUCCCGCGCCUCAAGGGUUUGACGAAGCAUCCACUAGCAAAAGGAAAGAACAAAAAUGA